AUGAGUCUCUUGUACAUGUUCACGGGCGUAUUGAUUGCCCAGGUCUGCUCUGCCUACUCAUUCAACAAAUCUUCAACAAACGUACCAGCUCACUACACCAACAGCUCCCUUCCUUCAUUGAAAGGGGGAUGGAAUGAAACCACCAACCAUCUCGGCCCUAGCGCCAAUAAAAAGAUCGUUGGCGAAGAAAAGCCUCCGGAAGUGAAAUGCGAGAGGCGAAAGUACAACCCAAACGACUACAAGAUCGGAGUUACAAUGCUCAAGAGCUACUGUGCUAAGAACUGGGUCAACAACAAGACCAUAUACGCUGCGGUCGUGCGGCAUACGGCGGUUUAUGUCUGCGCUGAUAAGCGUGCGGACCCGGAAUGCACUGCGGAUCAGUGGGAUGAAGCGGACGUCUUGAUGAACGAGAAUUGCGGGGAGAACUCUGUGGCGACGGCGCGGGUGCAGGGGAAGGUUUAUGGGAGGGGAGAGCCUGAUGUGUAUCGAUGCAAAGUGUAG